GGAAACAUUCACUAAGCUAGCGCAGUAAUCAGCAAGCUAAGUGAGGUUAGCUAAAGGUCCACCGGAGAAUAAAUGCUCCAUUUUCUUAUUUAACUCGUUGGGCUGGCUAGCCGUUGGGUUUUCAAAACAUAUCGCAUUGCCACUACUGGAAGAACAAAGACCGGGUGGUUUAUUAAUAACCUCUACCAUUAACUAGGUAAUUAAAGUGUAUGUGGCUACAGCCUAGCUAACGUCAGUUACAGUCACUGCAGCGAUGGCAGAGACCCGUGUUGUCCCAAGCGGAAGGGUGUACCGACAGCUGUUUGAUGCCCAGGUUCAUUUGUCGCUGUCACUUCAUGAAACUCGGAAGAAGCGUCUUGCGAAUGAAGGAUGUCUCAACGGAGAUGAUCCUGUGAGCAGGGGCACAGACAGUAGCCCACACCUGAACAUUUUAAGGAGUCACACCGAGGACAUGGCUAUAAGGAACAAGCUAUUUUCAGGCACUGGGCCUGUAAGGAGUGAGGACAGGGUGGAUUAUGAAGAGAUUUGCAGAUUGCCUGAUAACAUUGUGUCAGCAAAGACAGGCUCAGACAUCAUUGAACGACUUAUGGAGAAAAAGCAAAGGGAUCACACAGAAGCAGUUGUCCAGCUCCAGAGGGACAUUUCUGCAGUCAGUGUGGGUUAUGAGUCAUUGCUCAGACAGACCGGAAAAGACACCCUUCUUAAACUUUCAGAAUAUGAUGACAAGGUGGAGAAACUUCUGCAGAAGACAGAAAAUGUUGCCGAUUUAGAAGCCCUUAGUUAUCAGGAUCUGCAUGAGAUUUGGAACACUGUUAGUCUCGAGUCAGCUAGAAGGAGAAAAGAGAUACACGAGUUGGAUGAAAUACUUCUCAAAUUUGAGACUGAACGAGCAGCAAUGAUUUCAGCAUUACUAAGAAAAUAUGCAAUGAAACUUGAAAAAAUCAGUUAUGUGAUGCCCAAUGGUGUCCACCGAUUGAUUGAUAAUGAAGCUAUGAUGAUAAACCAGGCAUUAUUGGCAAAUAGACGAGCUUUGGCCAAACUGAAUUUGAACCUGAUGGAGAAGGAGCUGCAGAAAGAGGUUUUACAUCGGCUGAAAUGGGAGACUAAGAUUCAGGACUGGAAGAGAAUCAAAGUGCUUGCUGCAGUCAGCCAGUUCAGAAAUGCCAUGGAGAGUCCUGAAAUUCAGAGCCCCAAAAAUGUUCAAGAUACUCUGAUUACCAUGAGGACAACACAGCAAGUGUACAGUGAGCGACGCCUCAAAAUACUUGAGCAAAUAAGAUAUAUGACUCCUGAAAGAUGCUCUAAGUCGUUAGCUACUGAAUGGUACUCUUCCUUGUCUUCAAUCAAUGAGCAAAUCGAUUGCAUGCACAUUGAAACCAUGAAAAAACUGCGUAAAUGUUAUCAGAAUACCUGGCAAGGCUGUUUGCCUGAAGUUGAAUGCUUCAAGAACAAAUUAUCAACCUAUGGAUUCACCACAGAUAAGGUACAGGACAUAGUUAAUACCGAACUGCUACCUCUAAUUUGCAAGUUGCACACAGAAGCAGAGGAGCAUUUGGCAAUAAUGGAUAAGGCCUUUGAGUAUUUGGCCAAGACUGCCGCUCUUUUGAGUGAGUCGCUGUUCGUGUUUGUGCGUGAUGCCAUCCACCUCUGGGACGUACACAGAGCAGGCCUCCAGAAGAGAGAGCAGCAGUUGCAGGAUCGACUCGAGGAGGUCCGCUGCAGCUUUGAGCAGGAGAACCAGAAGAAAGAGGCUCAGCUGGAUGUGAUGAUGGACCAACUCAGGCAGGAAAGCACAGAGGAGGCCCUCAAAGCUGCUCUAGAGAAGACAUUUACUUUUUUAGAGGAAGUUAAGAAUGGGUAUGUCACUCUCUAUAAGGAGGAAGUUGACACAGUGGAAAGCUACCCUGCAAUGGUGCUAGAAGAAUUACACAUGUACAGUUCAGCGGUCAGCCAUUACUUCAACGUCAAAGAAGUAUACAGUCAGAAUCCAGAGGAGCUUCGUGUGCUAUAUCCCACACUUAACCUGGAUGCCAGUCGGCUUGCCAGUGUAAAGAAGAAGAAAAAGUUAGAGGAGCCUGAUUAUUUCUCACAAGAAUCCCAAGACACUCACACCUAUGAAACUUUCACAACUGCACUGGGGAACGUGUUUAAUUGCUACACCUUUGCGACACUGUGUGACGAUGAAUCUGAUUCAAACUUAACGGAAGUGAAGCCAGCUUUAUACCCAAAAAGACUUGUGGUUGAACUGCAAAAAGUUGUGAGAGAGGAAUUCUUCAAUCACCUGGAGGAGAGAUAUCAUGCAGUCCUGAAUAACACAGUGACUAUCAUGGAAGCCAAGAGGGAGGAGCUGAAGUCUGAGCUAGAUCUCCACCUCCACUUCCACCAGCCUCGAGCCAAGAGGAUUGAGAUGGAUAUUCACAACGUCAGAGCAGCUGAACUGAUCUUGCAUCGAGACCGUGUGGAUAGACACUGCAAAGGUAUUGUACAGGCCUUAACUGAGCUCCACACCAACUUCAGUGAGCUGCAGACCAGACAACACAGAUUAACUGAAGACUUUCGCAUUCAAAUUCACAGCAUGGAGGAUACUUUUAACACUGCUACCAAGUCCGAAAAGCUUGUAAAACUCUGUGCUUCACUACAAACCAACUUGGCUGAACACAUGAACAUCAUCCAAGAAUCACAGAGAGAAUUCAGACAAAAUGUGGAGGUCAAAUUUGGGGGCCUUAGAAAAGCCAAUGCACAAUUAAUUAAAUCUUUCAAGCUGUUUUCUGAAGGUGGAAAUUUUACUCCUAAAGAGAUUGGGGUGUAUCAGAAGCGUCUAGAGAAGAUGUCCAAGCGCAUUGACUCAACUGAUGAGGCGCUAAUGCUGGACAUGGAAGGCACAGAGUCCAAGUGUCUGGAACAGGCAAAAGAAAUAGUAAGCAGGUUUGAAGCGAAGUUUCACUUUAUGACAGUGGAUCUAAUGUUUCUUGAGAAAAUUCAGAGAAAACUCACCAACACACAGGUCCAGAUAAAAGCAGAGGCUAUGAAGAGCAACAUGCACAGAAAAACUAUCAACUCUAUGAUGAACGAACUGGAAGAAUUUAUUAAUGGUUGUUCCCAUCCCAGUCCAGACAAGAGGGUUGUAACACCAGGUGACAUUUCCAGUUUAACAACUUCUCUGAGAGAAGAAUUAAAGAAGAGAUGCCAUUAUCUUGACUGUUUUUUGGACCCUUCUAUGGCCAUCGCACUUCCAGACCCUCCCCUGCAGGGGGCGUUCGCUGUGGCUGCUCGUCCCCGGUCCAGUAAGCAGGGGAAGGUAGGAAGCCCACCCAGGGAUGCCCUCCUCCAGCCCAGCCGCAUGGGAGUCGCCUUCAUGGAUGAUGUGGCUGUAGGACUGAUCAGAGGCCUGCUCGGGUAAUACAGCAACUCACCAAGCCAUUAACCCAACACAGAUCUUACAGACAGAAGCCCAGCAGCAGUAACGGGUCAAAGGUCAGGAAAAAGUCAGAGCCAGUCAGCCCUGGAUACCCUGCGCUGGAAAUCGGCUGAGUCUGUCAGCUCACAGAGUGUGAAGAGAUUCUCCAAACCCACUCGACUUGAUAAGAGAUUCCAAGUGUUUGGCACUAAACCUGAAGAACAGGAGAACAUUCUCACCUUUAAAGGUUCUAUUUGCAACAUUCUGUGGGAGGCCAAUGAUAUUCUUCUGCAGGUGGCUGAGGACUUUUACAAGAAGAAGGAGCGUCGUCCUGUCAGCCACCCUCAGUACAUACAGGAUUCUUUUGAGCAGUGUGCUGAAGAGAUUAACAAGAGGCUCCUCGUCUACCAGAACCAGUCACAAGAGUAUCACAGCCGCUGUGUGCAAGAGUUCCGACAGCAGCUGAAAACUAUAGAGGAGACGGUCUGUGAGAUGCCUGUGGUGGUCCUUACCAGACUGAGGGAUCAGCAUUUGGACGAUCUGAAUCAGAGCGUGACGUUCAUCCGACAACGAUUUGAGCAAGCUUACCAACAGAGCGAGCAAAAGAAGAGCGAGCACCGCAGGCAGCUACGUGUGCGUCUGAGCCACCCAGCUUGUGAGCAGGAGCUGAGCAGGCUGGUUCUGGCUGAAGACGAGCGACAGGAGGAACAGAGGCAGACUAUCCUGAGUACCAGGCUGCAGCUCGAGACAUGUAUUAGAAAGCAGGCUGAUGAGUUUGUGACCGCACUUGCUGCAUUGUCAGAGAACGUGCUCUUCCAAUUGGAUAACAUCCUGACUGUUGAUGAGGUCCAAGGUGGAUUGGCUGAAGGAAAGCAGGAAAGUUUCACAACACUUGUUCGUCAAAAACAAACAGGAACCCCACAGGAGGAGGACAAUACCAGAGCUCUACUGGAAAGAGGGAGGAGGACAUGGCCAGGGGUUCAUUACUUCGGAGACACUGAUGGCUCAUCUGUUAGCCAACAACAGCCACAGACAGCCAACAUCACUACAGCUAAAACCACACUGGGGCAUCUGAAGACUAUGGAAGUUCGAAACGCAUUGCAUAGGAGCUAUAAGCAGAAGGUGACGGAGGCGCUGGAGAGAGUGGAGAGAGCCCAUCAACAGCAGGAGGCAGAGCUGCUGCACUGGCACGAGCACUGGAGAAGCCAGCUAAAGGCCCUCUCUGCACUCAGCUCAGAAUGACUACAAAUUCUUUGUU